AGUGCAUGUUGGGGCAAAAAAUAAAAACAAGCCAUGAGGUUGAAAGAAUUGUCUGUAGAGCGCCGAGACAGGAUCGUGUCGAGGUAUCAAAACAUUUUCUGCCACAUUGAAGGUCCCCACUGCAAGAACACAGUGGCAUCUGUCAUUCUUAAAUGGAAGAAGUUUGGAACCACCAAGAACCUUCCUAGAGCUAUCUGCCAACCCGGCCAAACUGAGCAAUCGGGGGAGAGGGGCCUUGGCCAGGGUGGUUGUAAUUGAGGCUGUAAUCGCUGCCAACGGAGCUUCGACGUACUGAGUAAAGGGUCUGAAUACUUAUGAUCAGUGCGGUGACGCGCUAAUUCAAUUUGGCGUUCAGCGUGCACUCACUGCGUGGGACGUAACCAGCUAGAAGCGGGAUCUCUAGCGAGUUGGGCCUGUGCAAGAUCUGCGGAGGAGGAGAUAGCACUGCAGCGUGGUCGAGUCUGUAGCUGACACCCGGGAAAAAAAAGUUACUUCGAGUGCGAAAGAGCCACCGAAAAAAAUGUCUGGAGACGACGAGCCACAAGAGCAGACCAUCGCGGAUGACUUGGUCGUUACCAAGUACAAGAUGGGGGCCGAGAUUGCCAACCAGGCCCUGAAGGCUGUGGUGGAGGCUGCCAGGGCUGGGGUGACUGUGGUCAGCCUCUGUGAGACUGGAGAUGCUUUCAUCAUGGCAGAAACUGGGAAGGUCUUCAGGAAGGAGAAGGAUCUGAAGAAAGGCAUUGCGUUCCCAACCAGCGUCUCAGUCAACAACUGCGUGUGCCACUUCUCUCCCCUGAAGAGUGACCCUGAGAUCACACUGAAGGACGGGGACCUCAUCAAAAUUGACCUGGGGGUGCACGUCGAUGGCUUCAUCUCAAACCUGGCUCACAGCUUUGUGGUGGGAGUGACCAAGGAUGCUCCGUUGACAGGACGUAAGGCUGACGUUAUUAAAGCGGCCCACCUGUGUGCUGAGGCUGCCCUCAGACUGGUCAAGCCUGGAAACCAGAACUCACAGGUCACAGAAGCCUGGAACAAGAUUGCCAAGUCAUUCAAAUGCUCAGCCAUAGAGGGGAUGCUGUCCCAUCAGUUGAAGCAGCAUGUUAUUGACGGAGAGAAAACCAUCAUUCAGAACCCCACGGAUCUGCAGAGGAAGGACCACGAGAAGGCAGAGUUUGAGGUACACGAGGUGUAUGCUGUGGAUGUGCUCAUCAGCACUGGAGAAGGCAAGGCGAAGGAUGCAGGCCAGAGGACCACCAUUUACAAGAGGGACCCAGACAAGCAGUACGGCCUGAAAAUGAAGACAUCCAGGAGUUUCUUCAGCGAGGUGGAGAGACGCUUCGAUGCCAUGCCUUUCACUCUCAGGGCGUUUGAGGAUGAGGCCAAGGCCAGGCUGGGUGUGGUAGAGUGUGCCAAACAUGAACUCCUGCAGCCCUUCAACGUUCUGCACGAGAAAGAAGGUGAGUUUGUGGCCCAGUUCAAGUUCACUGUUCUGCUGAUGGCCAACGGACCCCUACGCAUCACCACAGGGCUGUAUGAGCAGGAGCUGUACAAGUCUGAACACGAAGUAGAGGACGCAGAUCUCAAGGCCUUGCUCCAAAGCUCAGCGAGCCGCAAGACACAGAAGAAGAAGAAAAAGAAGGCUUCAAAGACUGUGGAAACUGAAACAGCACCAGGACAGCCAGCGCCAGAGGUCAAAGAGACCGAAGCUGCAGAAUAAGACCUUCCACCUCCUGACCCAGUCUUCGUCUCCCAAUAAUACUGACAGACUUUUGACAACUGACCAACCCACAGAACAGAUGUCAAGACCUUCCAUCAUGCGCUCCUGUCCUGAGACGCCCGCCUCACGGUGCAGCCUUGUGAUGGAAUCCUCCAAAUGUUAACUGAUGUCAGACUACUGGGGAUGGUGCUGCUCUCUGCUAAAUUCAAAUUCUGUCACAUCCCAUUUCAAUCUCACUGUCCUUGAGACAGCAGGGUUCUCCCCAUGAUAGUAACCACUAAGUGACUCAGAAGGGCUAUUGAGUAGAACAAGGGCAUUUUCCUGAGUAGACUCUGUGGGAGACACGUUUAUACCAUCCAGUCAUUGAGCCUUGGUACUGUAUUAAAGUCAGCAGUGAAUAAUCAAAUGAUUUAUGAAAGCAAAGCAGGACAGUUGAGGGUGUGAUACGAUUGCACUGUGCCAAUGAUUUUUCUGAAGGAAAACCUUUUCGGUCAUAACCAUGCAGUUGUAUCUUUUAAAUUAAUGCAAGUUUGUCUAUUUGGGAAGUAAAUGUGUAUUAACUUGAACCCUCCAUCAUUAAACCUACUAUAAACAUGACAGACCUUAUAAACAGCCAUGCUAGCAAAUGAUGGCUGACUACGUUGACUCAAAUCGUUACGUACAUUAGCAAAAAUCUCUAGGGUCAUACCUGGCUAUUUCUCUUCUCAACUGCCAGUUUUACAACUGCUUAAAGUCCGUUUCCAUGGAUAUAUCCCCUAACAGGACUACAUGUGAAAUGGAUUAGGGGCUUGAUCUGUACGCACCAUGCAAGGAAGGGAAAAACAUAGUCACUGAAGCCCAAUUAUGAAAGGUUUAAAUGUUCCCAUUAUUAAAUGAUUUGGGUAUAUGACUGCUAUAUUUCGGUUAAUACACUGAUACUGCCAUGGCUCUCAAUGAAUUACACCUAUAUUGGUCACUGUUUACAUCGGUGUCCAUAGCUGUUUAAUAUCUGAUACUUUAUUGUAAAAUACGUUUGAGGAUAUUUUUGAAUCAUCUAGAUUAGAAACAUUGCCAUGGUGGCAUCAAAUAACUCCAUUAUUGAAUUUGGGUAUGAGGCAACUGACCAAAGGACUAACUAACCAACUGCUGCAUCACUAGUUCCUGUGGGCUUUUCUUUCUGAAUAGGAUAUUAGAGGGAGAGAUCAUUGUGGAAAUGUUUCUGACUCGGUUGAUAUUUUAAAUUUGUUCUUAUGAAGGAAAUGUAUCCGCUCUUGUAUUGUAAAUGUAUGGAUAAAAUUCUACAAAAGUUCCUAUUUAGAAAGUAAUAGAGGUCCUCCCAAUAAAAUGUGGUAUUUUGGAAGACC